UUAUAACUGUUAAUCGCUCCUUUCUCUUUCUCUCUCUAAAUAGUGCAGAGCAGCUGGAAGGAAGAAGGAAGGAACGGGCAUAUUCGACCCCACGCAGCUUCAUAACGCAAGCAGUUCUCAUACCCAUCUUCAAAGUUUCUUCUUUUUCGCAUCUUACUAUAAUCACAUCCCGAAGAUCUAAACAAAACUGCUUCGAUUCCCAACAAUUCCCCCCUUAUCUUCCCUUCAUUUUAGGACAGAAUGGUGGUUAAGAUGAUGAGAUGGCGUCCAUGGCCACCUCUUCUGUCCAAGAAGUUCGACGUUAGGUUACUCAUUCGAACGCUUGAUGGGUAUAAUCUAUCGUCUCCCUUGGACUUGGAUGGAGGACUGAUUGUGGAGAUCCGGUGGAAAGGGCCAAAGAUUGCUCUUAGUCCUUUCAGACGGACGGUGAAGAGGAAUUUCACAAAGGAAGCAAGGGUUGGAGAAAAUAGUGUUAUACACUGGGAUGAAGAGUUUCAAAGUGCUUGUGGUCUUUCUGGUUACAAAGAUAAUGUUUUUCAUCCUUGGGAGAUCUCUUUUACACUGUUGAACAGCUUGAAUCAAGGGCAGAAGAGUAGUAAGGUUUCUAUUGUGGGAACAGCUUCAUUGAAUCUUGCUGACUUUGCUUCUAAAUCUGAAGAAAGGGACUUUGAGCUUUCUAUUCCCAUCAUUUCAAGUGGCGCAGCAGAGCAAUGUGGUUCACUUUCGAUAUCAGUCAGUUUAUUGGAGAUGAGAAUCAUUCAAGAAUCUGCAGAUUCAGUCCAGAGGUCAAUGGCGCCUGUUCCUUCUCCUCCCCACACGGGAGAAGUACCAUCAUUGGAAAAGGAUGAACUUUCUGCUCUUAAAGCUGGCCUUCGGAAAGUGAAGAUUUUUACUGACUAUGUCUCAAUAAGAAGAACAAAAAAGGCUUGCCGUGAGGAAGAUGGCUCCGUUAAAAGCGAAGAUGGUGACUUCACUUACCCUUUUGACUCUGUCUCAUCUGACGAAAUUGAAGAAGGGGAUUCUGAUGAAGGAAAAGUGAAUUCAACUGCCAGAAAAUCAUUUAGUUACGGUACACUGGCACAUGUGAACUUUGCUGGAGGUUCGUUGUACUCUACUACAAUGAUCAAUGGCAAUGAUGAGGAUUGGGUUUACUACAGCCACCGCCGGAAGUCAGAUGUUGGUUGCUCAAGUAUAGAAGAUUCCACGGCCUCUGUUUCUGAAUCUUCUUCCUUACAGAGCUCAAAGCGUAGUAUCCUUCCUUGGAGGAAAAGGAAGAUGACCUUCACAUCCCCCAAAACAAAAGGAGAGCCUCUUUUGAAGAAGGCUUAUGGAGAAGAAGGUGGGGAUGAUAUUGACUUUGAUAGGAGGCAGCUAAGCUCUGAUGAAUCACUUUCUCUUGGCUGGUACAAGACUGACGAAGAAUCGACACUAAAUGGAUCGUCAAUAUCCGAGUUUGGCGAUGAUAACUUUGCUGUUGGCAGCUGGGAACCCAAGGAGAUAACAAGUCGUGAUGGACAUAUGAAACUGCAUUCUCAGGUAUUCUUUGCUUCUAUUGAUCAACGAAGUGAAAGGGCUGCUGGCGAGAGUGCAUGUACUGCCCUUGUGGCAGUUAUUGCUGACUGGUUUCAAAAUAACUGUGGCCUCAUGCCAAUCAAGUCCCAAUUUGACAGUCUGAUUAGAGAAGGCUCGUUAGAAUGGAGAAACCUUUGCGAUAACGAAAUUUAUAUGGAAAGAUUUCCAGAUAAGCACUUUGAUCUAGAAACUGUCUUGCAAGCCAAAAUGCGUCCUCUUUCUAUCAACGGCCAGAAAUCCUUUGUUGGGUUUUUCCAUCCAGACGGGUUGGAUGAAGGGGGUUUCGAUUUCUUGCAAAGUGCCAUGUCGUUUGACAACAUAUGGGACGAGAUCAGCUGUCAAAACGACCCUCAAGUUUACAUAAUAAGUUGGAACGAUCAUUUUUUCAUCCUGAAGAUCGAAUCAGAAGCUUACUAUAUAAUUGACACGUUAGGGGAAAGGCUAUACGAGGGAUGUAAUCAGGCUUACAUCUUGAAAUUCGAUAGGAAUAGCAAGAUCUUCCAAUUGCCAAGCACCACACUCGAAUCUUCAGACGAAAAACCUGCUGAGGAUCAACAACCAGUUGCUGUUCAACAGACUGAUUCUACUAAUAAGGAGAAUUUGACAGUUGAGGAGCAAGCACAGUCGUCGACAGAGAGUAUGGAGGAGCGAGAAGUUGUUUGUGGAGGGAAGGAAUCGUGUAAAGAGUACAUAAAAAGCUUCUUGGCUGCGAUACCAAUAAGGGAACUGCAGGCGGAUAUGAAGAAGGGUUUAGCAUCUUCAACACCUCUGCAUCAAAGGUUACAGAUUGAGUUCCACUUCACCCAAACUGGACCUCAAGCAACAAAGGAGCAGCAGGCUUUACCAACGGGUAACAUUUGAAACUAUAACUAUAGAUAAGUGUGAUUAUUAUUAGCUAACUUGUUUAUGUCAGUUACCAUAUUAUAUAUUCUGCGGCGUUCAUGGGUUUUACAAGUAGCCAUCCCCAUCUAAGUUUUCUGAAUACCGUAUGAGAAAAUGUGUGUUUUUUCCUAAUUAUUUGUGCUAGAAAGAUCAUUUCCUACACUAAUGUGUUCUGUAGUCUUGUUAACUUUAUUAGACUGUAAAAAUGAACACCUUGGAUGUUGUAGUGUUUUUUUUAUUGAAAUAAUCUCAUUGAGUUUGGUUGA